GCCUUUAACCAAGUGUCUCAGUGACACUUCUUCCUGUGUCAAACGUGAACAGUCUGCGACUUUGACUUCCUGCUGACAUUUGAAAUCAAGGAUUCAAGCAGUGGGUUAAAUAGACCAAGAAGAGUGAGCAGUCAUGGCACAUCUAAUUGACAAUGAGGUCUUCCUUGCCUUCUCCACUUACGCCACCAUAGUGAUCCUGAAGAUGAUGCUAAUGGCUCCAAUGACAGGGUUCUUUCGUUUUAAAAACAAGGCUUUUUCAAACCAGGAGGACCUUUGGUUGGCUAAGAAUCCAGAGGAGAAGAAGAAGAUGUUGCGGCCCGACGAUCAGGUGGAGCGUGUUCGGAGAUGCCACCAGAAUGACCUGGAGAACAUCAUUCCCUUCAUCGUGAUUGGCCUGCUCUAUGCCCUGACUGGACCGGACCUGGCCACCGCUGUGCUCCACUUCCGGGUCUUCGUGAUCUCCAGGAUCUGCCACACGGUGUCCUAUGUGCUGGUUCUGCCCCAGCCCAGCAGAGCUCUGUCCUGGGUCACGGGCAUGCUCACCACUUUCUCUAUGGCCUACAAGGUCCUCAGCCCCCUCCAUCUUUAAAGGACACAUUUUGUCUUUGGGAUGACACCUGUGCACACACACCCUUCCUAACAUGACUAAGAGACACAAGCUUCAUAUACAGUACAUCAAAUUAAAGUAUAUUCAUCAAAUUCUCAUUAAAAAAAAGAUUUCAUUUUGUACUAAGCAGCAAAGUUAUGUGAUGUUCCAGCAGAGUUAAAGAUACAAUAGGUACGAUAUAAAUUUUAAUUUUAUUUUUUUGAAGCAGCCGGCUACAUUCCAGAAAUCCUGUUCCAGCCAAUCGCAUAUGGCUAAGGUGACUUUCCUUGUCUUUGUUUGUGAAACCACCGACAGUUAAACUCUAGCUGGAUGAACAUGCUAAACAAGAACUGGGGGCGCUAUUUCUCAUACUGAAUUUAUGUUCUACUAUUACCUUGUGCAGCUUUAAAUAAACAUAUAGACGUUCAAUA